CCGAGGUCUCCACUGAGGUCAACCAGAUAUGUCCCCUGGAAACUGGAAGACCACAAUGGUGGUCCAGGGUAUCCUGUUGAUCCUGUAUGGAUUGCUUCUGCAGCCGGAGUCAGGAACAGCGACCCUGCCCCUGCUUAUGGAUUCUGUCAUCCAGGCCCUGGCUGAGCUCGAGCAGAAGUCACCAGCCACUGAGGCCGGCCAUACUGCAUCUAUGUGGCUGCUGUCAGCCCAAGGCUCUGGUGCCCACAAUCCCCUCCCUCGCUUCCUGCUGGAGGGGCAGAGUCUCAAGACUGCCAAGCUGGCUCCUCCUUCGCUAAGCCCAGAGUUUCAAGGCCUGAUUGAGGAGGUAGCCAGACAUAGUGUGCAGGAUGGGAAGGAAUACGGAGUGGUGCUGGCACCUGAUGGCUCAACUGUGGCUGUGGAGCCUCUUCUGGCAGGGCUGGAGGUAGGGCUGCAGGGGCACAGGGUCGUAAACCUGCCCUUGGACAGCACAGCCACCUUUCCAGACAUUGGAGUCACAGUUCCUGAUUUAAAAGCCACCUCCUCAGCACACAAGGAUACCUCUGCAGAUGUCAACUCUGCAGAUGUUGGUACUUUGUCUCCAAAUGUUAGAGACACAGAUCUAGAUGCCGAAGUUACCUUUCUAGAUGUUAGACCCAGCUCUCCAGAUGUCCAAGUCGCCUCUCCAGAUGUCCAAGCCUCUUCUCCAGAUACCAAAGCCAAGUCCCCAACCACUGUGGACAGCCUCCUCAUGGUCACCCUGGCCAGAGACCUGGGCCUACACUUCCUCCAGGGUGCCCAGACUGAAAGCAAUUCAGGACUGGGAACUGAGGGCUGCUGGGACCAGCUCUCUCUUCCCCGGACGUUCACGCUCCUGGACCCUGAGGCAUCACCCCUCACCACGGCCUUCCUUAAUGGUGCCCUGGAUGGGGCCCUCCUUGGUGACUACCUGAGCCAGGUUCCUGAGCCCCGGCCACCCCUCAGCCACCUGCUGAACCAGUACUACGGAGCUGGGGUAGCUGGAGACCCAGGACUUCGCAGCAACUUCCGACGGCAGAACGGAGCUGCUCUGACUUUGACCCCCAAUCUGACCCAGCAGGUAUGGGGGGCCCUCAUCUUGCUGCAGAGGCUGGAGCCUGCACACCCUCAGCUGCAGGGCAUGAGCCAAGAACAGCUGGCGCAGGUGGCCACCCAUGCCACCAAGGAGUUCACUGAGGCCUUCCUAGGAUGCCCAGCUAUCCACCCACGUUGCCGCUGGGGCGCGGCACCAUACCGGGGUAGCCCAAAGCCACUGAAGCUGCCACUUGGGUUCUUGUAUAUACAUCACACAUACGUGCCCGCCCGACCCUGCACGGACUUCGCGCUCUGCGCCGCCAACAUGCGCUCUAUGCAGCGCUUCCACCAGGAUACGCAAGGCUGGGACGACAUUGGCUACAGUUUCGUGGUGGGCUCAGAUGGCUACGUGUACGAGGGCCGUGGCUGGCACUGGGUGGGCGCGCACACACGUGGCCACAACUCCCGCGGUUUUGGCGUGGCCUUGAUAGGCAACUACACUGCGGAGCUGCCUUCUGAGGCCGCGCUGCGCACGGUGCGCGAUGAGCUCCCGCACUGCGCUGUGCGCGCCGGCCUCCUGCAGCCAGACUAUGCGCUGCUCGGCCACCGCCAGCUCGUGCGCACUGACUGCCCUGGCGACGCGCUCUUCAACAUGCUGCGCACCUGGCCACGCUUCAACAUGAAUGUGAAACCAAGAACUGCCAGAAGGGCCUCAGGGAGAUCCAAAAGGAGGCUACCUCUAAUGAUCCCACUAGCCACAGACCUCCAAUAA